AUGAAAUACGUACAACUCGGAAGCAGCGGUCUUCGCAUCGCCCCAAUUGGCGUUGGCUGCAUGGGUUUUGGAGACCCCGACGGCCUUUUCAAGUGGUCAAUCCCGGAAGAGGAAGCACUGCCGGUGCUUAACCAUUGCUAUGAAUCCGGCCUCAACUUCUUUGACACGGCAAACGCUUAUUCUAAUGGCCUGUCAGAAGAAAUUCUCGGCAAGGCGAUCAAAAAAUACGGAUGGCGCCGCGAAAACCUCGUCGUCGCGACAAAAGUAUUUGUAGCCGUUGGCCGCGGUCUGGAACAACCAUUGUUCAUGACAGAUGAUGAAAGGGAUAAUGCCGGUUACGUGAAUCAGUACGGAUUGAGUAGGAAGCAUAUCUUUGAGAGCGUCGAUGCCAGCCUACAAAGACUUAACUUGCCCUACAUCGAUCUCCUGCAGAUCCACCGCUUCGACCCUAACACUCCUCCCAAGGAAACAAUGGAGGCCCUCCACGAUAUCGUCAAGUCGGGAAAAGUGCGGUACAUUGGUGCAUCAUCCAUGUGGGCUCAUCAGCUUCUAGAGUACCAAUACACCGCUCGCAUCCACGGCUGGACGGAGUUUAUUUCAAUGCAGAAUCUCUAUAACGCUAUCUACCGAGAGGAGGAGAGGGAGAUGUAUCCUGCCUGUGGCAAAUUCGGAAUGGGUGGGAUCCCCUGGAGUCCCGUUGGAAUGGGCUUUUUGACCCGACCAUGGCGUGAGUUUUCGAAAACCACUCGUGGAGAGGAGCUGGGCGCUGGUUUCUUCCGUCAGCCCGCUACGGAGGCGGACAAGAAGACCAACGAGCAGAUUGAGAAGAUUGCCGAGCAACAUGGCGUGUCGAUGGCGACUGUGGCAAUUGCUUGGUCUCUCUCUAAGCCAUUUAUUACGGCGCCGAUCCUAGGAAUGACCAAGAAGGAGAGAGUUGAUGAGGCAGUCAAGGCUAUCUCUCUCGAUCUUAGUCCCGCUGAGUUGAAGAGCAUUGAUGACCUAUAUGAGCCUAAAAAGGUGCUUGGUCAUGAAUAA